AUGGAGACCAUUCUUGUGGAAAAGUACGCUAAACAGAUUGUGAAUCUAGACUUUGAUCAGGACGCCUUACCAGUUAAGUGCGCAUUGGGAGUGCAAUGGUGCGUUGAAUCUGAUCUACUUGGAUUUCGUAUCGCAUUAUCAGACAAACCAAUGACAAGAAGAGGGAUUUUGUCUACAGUUUCGUCCGUUUAUGACCCUCUUGGACUUCUAGCACCUUAUAUUUUACCGGCGAAGAAGUUACUCCAAGACUUAUGUAAGCUGAACAACCUCGGAUGGGACGACGAGAUUCCGAGUGAGUAUCAGAGCAAGUGGACGAAAUGGCGCCAAGGACUACCAGUGAUCGAGAAAGUAACCGUGGAUCGAUGUUACAAGCCGCGCAACUUUGGUCAAGUAGUAUCUAAGCAAGUACACAUAUUUUCUGACCCAAGCACUAUUGGUUACGCCUCAGUAGCCUACUUACGUAUGGUCAACAACAAAGGAGAAGUCCAUUGCAGUUUCCUGAUGGGAAAAGCGCGUCUUACCCCAGCGACCAAGACGAUGACCGUUCCACGUUUGGAGUUGACAGUUGCAACCUUAUCCGUGCGCUUGGGACAGCUACUAAAGAAAGAGCUAGGAGACGAAUCCGGAAGUAUUAUGUACCAAACUGGCUCUACUACAGUACUGAGUUACAUUGCUAAUGAACAGAAGAGGUUCAAGGUAUAUGUCGCGAACAGAAUUCAAGUAAUCCGUGACUCACCUAACCCAGCGCAGUGGAAAUUCGUACAGUCAAAGGACAAUCCUGCAGAUGAUGGAUCGCGUGGAAUGGAUGCAGGUACGUUUUCAGAAGAGCAACGCUGGCUACAUGGGCCCGACUCUCUUUGGAAGGAUGAAGGUGAUUGGCCAUCGCAAUCUAAAAUGCCAAGACAAGUGUCAGAAGACGAUCCUGAAGUGAAACAAGAAGUUACAAGUAAUGUGGUCGGUGUUGAGGAACCCAUUUCCACUGUUGUCAAGCUUAUCGAGCAUUUUUCAACUUUCCCUCAGAACAAGAUUAAACAAGUGAAACCAUCUGAAGACGCCAAAUUUGCUGAGAGACAUCACCAUGGAGAAGGGCCACUUGCAGUCCGAGAGUUAGAAGACGCAGAAAUAGCAGUCAUCAAGUUCGUUCAAGCGCAAGCUUUCCCCAAUGAGAUAGAAGCUUUAAGCCAUGCUGUGCGCAACCAGGAGGAUUCACAGGCAACUCAGCACAAGUCCGUGGGAGUUGGCAAGGCAAGUUCAAUCUCAAGACUAGAUCCGUUCAUGGCUAAUGGGAUGUUGCGUGUUGGUGGACGAUUACGGAGAGCUGAUAUUCCAGAAGAAAGCAAGUAUCCAGUCAUCUUACCGAAGAAAGGUCAUGUGACCAAGCUGCUGAUUCGACUAGCGCACUGUCAGUUAGGACACGCAGGUCGCAAUCAUGUCAUCGCCCAUUUGCGCAAUCGUUACUGGAUAAUUGCAGUCAACGCAGCCACCAGGAGUGUACUCCACAAAUGCGUCACUUGUCGCCGUAUUCGCUCGCCAGUCUGCGAACAGAAAAUGGCCGAUCUUCCUGCACCACCGUUUACGCACAUUGGGAUGGACUUCUUUGGCCCAUUCAGUUACCUCCAAGGUCGCAAGACAAUGAAGAGCUAUGGAACACCCACUCGUGCAUCCAGGCGACACACCGUUUCACCGCUUGCAGUGGACCAGUGCGAGAAAUCCGAUCUUGUUGGCGCAAGCGAAGAAUUGCGCAAAGCUGUCGAAGAAAUUAAAGACGAAGAGAUAAGAAGCAAGUUGCUUAAAUAA